GUGUUUCAGUGCAUUCUGGGUCCAAGAAAUUGCGACCGACGUAAAGCUUUGCACAUGUAUUAAACUCUGUUCUAGUGUAAAUGGAUGUUGGUCUGAAGGACAACGUGGUUGUGUGUGUGUGUUUUAAGUAGUACCUUGCUUUUACUUCUUUCUCGUUAGGAAGAGCUGUGGAUCUAGCGGUGUGGUUGACUGAUUCUCGUCCAUUUUCCCACUCUACUUCCACCAACUAAGAGAUAUGACAGAGUGGCAGAAGAAGAGCCCACUGGAAUGGCUGAGUUAUGUGAAUAAAGAAGUCAAAGUUCUGGCUGCUGAGAAAAACACAUAUCAAGGAUGGGUCUUAACAGUUGACCCAGUAUCAGCCAAUAUUCUUCUGGCACAGCCUCUUGAGAAUGGAAAAAUGUCCAUUUCAGCAGUCCUGGGGCAUGCAGUUCAAGAUGUUGAAAUAGUGAAUGAAGCAGAUGAUACAAUGAAAGAGAAGCUUUCACACCUUUUCAUGCCAGAAGAGAGGCAACGGUAUAGUCAAGAAGAGAUGGAGAGAAAGAAGAUCAGUCUGAAGGGUUGGCUGGAGACAAACCAUAUUCCUGUGAAAGAACAGGGAGAGUUGCAAACAACGCUAUGUGUCGCAGGGGUAUUAACUAUUGACCCACCUUAUAGGCCAGAGGACUGCAAUAGUUCCAAUGAAAUAAUUUUGUCCAGAGUCCAAGAAUUGAUACAAGGUUAUCUUGCGCUUCAGCAAUGUCAGGUAUAGUUCUCAAGUAGUGGGAGAAAGUUUUAAUUUACUUGUAGAAUAAAUGUACUGCCUUUCCCCUCCAAAUUAGGUCUGUCUUUUAAUUGUUCUCAAAAUGUCUGUCACUACUGAAGUGAAGCAGAUUUUCUGGCAUGCUGCUUUUGUGUACAGAAUACCCAAUUUAACUGAAAGCGUACAUGCUACAUAUAGAAGAAAAGUUACACCUGACUUUUUCCUUUUGCUUUGGGAUCCUGGAAAUGGUCCUUCUCCUGAUGAACAGUUUGCAGGCUCGUGUGAAAACAUCACAAGGAAUAGAUAACAGUUACUAAUACCUCCUCAAGUUGUCCUGCUGUAAAAUAUUUAUGAAUCAUCUCUAUUAACAUAAAUCAGGCUCUGUGUAGUCAGAAAACAAAACGUCUAAACAAACACAGGACAAUCGUUUUAAAAACUGUUUAUUAAGAGUUUGUGAAUGAUAGAUUCCUGCAACUGCUACACUCUGCCUUCUCCCUCUGAAAUAGACUUUGUAUUUACCUGUGAGUGGUGUGUUUAAAGAUGUGCCAACAUUUGUUGCGCAAUGUGCAUGACAGUAACAGGAGUCUUGAAGUUCUAUUGUAAAGCUGAAGAUUAUGCAAAUAUAUUUUGAAAGUAGAAAGUUUUCUUUAAGUGAAAAAGGAGAGCAAUCAAUGAAAGAAAUACCUUGUUACAUAUUCAUAUUAUUUACAUGUUAUGUGAGAAAUCAGUGAUUGGAUCCUCUGAUGUAGCUUAAUAUUAAAAUAUAUAUGUAGGGAGGAGAUUGGUGCUUUGGAGCCAAGCUAUAGUGUGAGGGUUAUUUUAACCUUUUUACCUUGUACUCUUACUAAUACAUUUCAGGCCUCCUGAAUUCCUAUGGGUUCCAGGCAAAAGGGUAGCCAUAUUCUGUCAGCACCAGAGUGUGGGGGAGGCCCUCUUUGUAUUAGUCUCAAUUUAAGGUUGGUGGUGAAGAGGGGCAGAAAUUGUUUUAAAUAAUAAAAAGUACAUUGGGAGCACCUGGGGCUCUAACACUGACCCCCCGCCCUUACACACCCCUGUGCCAUUUGAGAUCCAAGAAAGGAAUUCAGUCAGUAUGCUAAGUAAAGGUCAAAACUAGUACCAAGAAGCUUGUCAUAACACCUGAAAGAGGUUCUAUAUAUUUGGAAGAAGGAGACUGAGAAAACUGUUCUCUUGGUUUUCAGGUUUGUUUUUCUGGACCAACUUGUCACUUUUUUGCUUGAUGAUAAUUCCUUUAUUUAAUCUCAGUGAUACAGUCUCUUUCUGACUACUGAGCUCUCAUCAACAGAAGUCAAAUGUUUACUUCUGAUGGGGUGAAUCGGCCUUGUACUUACAUCCAUGUAAAAAUUGGGGGCGGGGGCUGAUCUACACUUUACUGUAAUCUGCCUUCAGGCUUCUGAACACUUGCUACUGCAUCAGCUAAAAAAAAGGAAGAAGGCUUACCCUAUAAUUUAGUUGUGCAAAUCUACCUAAAUGUUAAGAGACUGAGACCAAUAUUUUGUCAAGAUAGUGAAUAAAGAAUAGUGAAUAAAGAAUGUUGAAUUUUCCCUUGUGGUUUCCAAUGUGCAAGUGUCACACUUCAGGCAAAAUAAAGGAGUAAAAAAAACUAG